AUGUCUGACAUGAACGCUGAAUGCAACAUCAAGGUGUUGUGCCGCUUCCGCCCACUGAACCAGUCGGAAAUCAUCCGCGGAGAUAAGUUUAUCCCAAUAUUCCAGGGAGAAGACACUGUCAUCUUCGGGGGGAAGUCGUACGUGUUUGACCAGGUCUUCCCGACUAUCACCACACAGGAACAAGUCUACAACGCCUGUGCCAAGCAGAUUGUCAAAGAUGUGCUUGGGGGAUACAAUGGGACUAUCUUUGCCUACGGGCAGACUUCUUCAGGAAAAACACACACCAUGGAGGGGAGCCUUCAUGAUCCACAGGCGAUGGGAAUCAUUCCUCGGAUCGCCCAGGACAUUUUUGAACACAUAUUUGCCAUGGAUGAAAACUUGGAGUUUCAUAUUAAGGUUUCGUACUUUGAGAUCUACAUGGAAAAGAUCCGGGACUUGCUGGAUGUGACUAAAAACAACCUGUCAGUGCAUGAAGACAAAUACAGAGUUCCUUAUGUGAAGGGCUGCACAGAGCGCUUCGUCACCAGUCCAGAGGAGGUGAUGGAUGUGAUAGAUGAGGGGAAGGCCAACCGUCACGUCGCUGUCACCAACAUGAAUGAACACAGUUCCCGCAGUCACAGCAUCUUCCUCAUAAACAUCAAACAGGAAAACGUGGAGACGGAGCAGAAGCUGAUCGGGAAGCUGUACCUCGUUGACUUAGCCGGAAGUGAGAAGGUCAGUAAGACGGGUGCAGAGGGAGCGGUGCUGGAUGAGGCCAAGAACAUCAACAAGUCCCUGUCGGCACUGGGGAACGUCAUUUCAGCGUUGGCUGAAGGAACGAAAUCCCACGUGCCGUAUCGUGACAGCAAAAUGACUCGCAUCCUUCAGGACUCGCUUGGCGGGAACUGUCGCACCACCAUGUUCAUCUGCUGCUCCCCCUCCAGCUACAACGACACCGAGACCAAAUCCACGCUGAUGUUCGGCCAACGAGCCAAGACCAUUAGGAACACGGUAACAGUGAAUCUGGAGCUCACAGCAGAGCAGUGGAAGAAGAAGUACGAGAAGGAGAAGGAGAAGAACAGGUCAAUGAAGGAGACUAUCCAGCGUCUUGAAUCUGAACUGACCUGCUGGAGGAAUGGUGAGAACAUUGCUGUUCUUGGGCACCUGAGUGACGAAUCAGAAGAUACUCCCUUCGCUUCUCCAGACUCCGAGCAGUUGCCUCUUGAUUUGAGCAGCCCCUGCACCCCGUGCACUCCCUGCAGCCCUUGUUCUAUCGCCUCCUCCAUCGUGGUCCACAUCUCUGAGGAAGAGCGGCACAAGUACGAGGAGGAGAUCCGCAAGCUUUACAAACAGCUGGAUGAUAAGGACGAUGAGAUCAACCACCAGAGCCAGAUGGUGGAGAAGCUGAAGGAGCAGAUGCUCGACCAGGAGGAGCUUUUAGCAUCAUCCAGGGGAGACGGUGAGAGGGUGCAGGCGGAGCUCUGCAGGCUGCAGACAGAGAAUGAAUUGGCUAAAGCAGAGGUGAAGGAGGUGCUUCAGGCACUUGAGGAGCUGGCGCUAAACUAUGACCAGAAGAGCCUGGAGGUGGAGGAGAAAAGCAUGCAGAACAAGCUCCUGGCGGAAGAACUCACCAAAAAGAUGACUCACCUCAUGGCUUUAGAAGCAGAGCUGUCUCGUAUUCAGGAAGUGAGCAGCCACCAAAGGAAACGCAUUGCUGAAGUUCUCAAUGGCCUCAUGAGGGACCUGCGAGAGUUCAGCACCAUAGUUGGAAACAGAGAAAUCAAGCUGCCCGUGGAGAUCAGUGGGGUGAUAGAGGAAGAGUUCACAGUGGCCCGCCUCUUCAUCAGUAAGAUAAAGUCGGAGGUGAAGUCGAUGGUGAAGCGCUGCCGCCACUUGGAGAGCCUCCAAAUGGAAUGCCAGCGCAAGAUGGAGGAGACGAGCAGGGAGCUGUCCAUGUGUCACCUUCUUGUCGCACAGCACGAGGCAAAGAUCCGCUCUCUGAUGGAGAACAUGCACAAUGUGGAGCUGAAGAAGAGACAGCUGGAGGACAGCUAUGACUCUCUGACUGAGGAGCUGGCCAGACUCAGAGCCCAAGAGAGCAUAUCACAGAUGACCAGAGGGGAGAAUCACACACCGCUGCAGAAUCCCUGUGAAAUGAAGAGGGCACUGGAGGAGCAGAUGCAGUCGCACCGUGAGACACACAGCAAGCAGCUCGGCUGCCUUCGAGACGAGCUCAGCAAGAAACAGAGGAUCAUUGAUGACUUAACCGACUGUAACCAGAAACAGCAUUUGGAGUUGGAACAACUGCACGUUGACUUUGAACGUCUCAGAAGUCAGGAGCAUCAGAAGAGCCAACAGCUGGAGGAUCUGACAUUCCUCUGUGAGCGGCAUGAGCAGUCGAAGCAGGACCUCAAAGGGCUGGAGGAGACAGUUGGUCGCGAGCUCCACACCUUACACAACCUCCGCAAGCUUUUUGUCCAAGACCUCACGACUCGAGUUAGAAAAGGUGCAGAGAUGGAGCCUGAUCUUACUGGAGGAUUUAUCACCCAAAGACAAAAGAUUUCCUUUCUUGAAAACAACUUGGAGCAGCUUACUAAGGUUCACAAGCAGCUGGUACGUGACAACGCAGAUCUUCGCUGUGAGCUUCCGAAGUUAGAGAAACGUCUUCGCUCUACAGCUGAGCGAGUUAAAGCGUUGGAGGGAGCAUUGAAGGAAGCAAAGGAAGGAGCCAUAAAUGACAGACAUCGCUACCAACAGGAGGUGGAGAGAAUCAAAGAUGUGAUGAGGGCUCGCUAUCCCUUCCGUCGUCCCCACGCUGCACAGAUAGCCAAGCCUGUGCGCCCCGGCCACUACCCGCUCUGCUCCCCCUUCAACCCCUUCUUCAUUCGAGGCUACAACGGGAGCCCGGUUCCCUUCAGCUACAAUGCUUUGCAGAACAAAAACAACAAACCAGCAAAAGAAACAGAGGACAGACUACCUGAGACUGACUCAAACCAGAACAGCCCAACAGAACACCUUGACUCACAGAUCAACGACAUGCAAGACAGCGACGACCAGAACAUGCUUCCAGAUGAACCACCGAGCGAAGCAGUGAAGACCUCCGAGAUGCUCGAUUCAGUAAACGGAAAUACCACAGAUAUUAAUGACAACAGGCAGGAGAGUUUGUCUGAGGCCUCCUCUGUAAAUCUGCAUGCAGACGAUCCUUGUUGGCCCAGAAAAUGA